UGUUUGCUCUAUUUUAAAAUGGAAUCGGAUUUGGAACCGUCGUGAGGGCGGUUAUGAAGUCAAACCUCCUCGGAGUUGACUGGGAUGGCUGUAGUUGGGUGGCUUCCAUCGCUGUGACCUGAAGAGGCGUGAUGGAUCAAUGGCAGCGGCGCUCGCGGAGCGCGCGCUUAAAAAAGGGCUUCUGCUGUGUUUAGCACACGGAGAGGGGUGGCUACGGCUUUCUCCUUCCCGUGCGGAAUCGCUAUCAAGAGAUUUCGGAAGCAUAAUUUUUGCGAAUGGGGUAGCUGGUAACCGCUUGUUCCGGCUCCCCGUCUUAAGGCUGUGGAAUAAUAAUAGUUUCGGACUAGUCCUAUUUUGCGGAUUCUUACGUUCGCUUUGUCCGCUGAAAGAGGAACCGUGGGAAAAAAGCGCCAAAGGUUGAAGGGAAAAGCAUUAGGAAUUACAGGGUGGAGUUAAUUUUUGGAAUGACGCGUGCGCAGAGCCAGCUUUCCCAAAGGGUUCGAGCUGUAAAGGACUAGUUGAAGUGCCGAAGCCAUCUGUAAAGGCAAAAAAAGAAGCACUUUCUAGAGAAAAGUGUUAAACAUGAAUAGUGUAUUCCUCGUAGAGGCUAAGGCCAAUUCUGUCUUAAAAAGAUACCCACGGGCGAAUGGACUUUUGGAAGAACUUAAAAAAGGAAACAUUGAGCGUGAAUGUUAUGAAGAACGCUGUGAUAAAGAAGAGGCAAGAGAAGCAUUUGAAAACGAUGAAAAGACAGCAGAAUUUUGGAAAGACUACACCAAUGGACUCUAUGGAGGGAGCAACACAGGACAGAACUGGUACCCAUUUUACCUAACGUUUCCUCUAGUCAUUGGCCUUUUGGUGGUGGUCCUUAUUAUAUUUGUCACAUGGAGAUGCCUGUUCCAAAAAACCGCACACCGGCAGUCCAUGUACAUGCAGAGCAGAAGCAGGGAAGAUACAGACGACAGAGCCAUUCCUGAUGGGAGAAAUCCUAUCCUUCCGUCAUUCAGCAUUCUUCAUUCUCCCCAAGAAGAAAUGUUUGAAGGCAGUGGGCGCUCCCCAGUGUACCUGAGCUACACAGAGAGGCCUAUGGGCUUCUUACCAAUCGAGAUGUCACACUGUGAACCGCCACCAUCCUACGAGGAAGUUGCUGGCGAAAGUAGCACACCCAGAAAUGAAUCUGCAUGUCAUUUGGAUCCCCCUCCUCAGUACGAGGACAUUGUGAAUAGCAUUUCAGUGCCUCGGGUCAACAUCAAAUGAAAGAGAAGGAUUCCCUUUGUGGAAGCAAAUGAACCCUAACACUUUUUAGCACUUUAUUGCAGCUUGAUGUUUCAGAGAUUUUUGUAUUAUGCCAAUUCUUAUUCUCUAAAUUUGGCUUGUUUGGUGAGGAUCCCUGCACUUGGGGAAACAAAAUAGUCUUCAGCGUAACUACUAUAUUAACCCUAGGUAUGGCAUUAUUGUUGUGGCAUACUUUUUUCUACUAUUGAAAGUGGUGCUAAUCAAUGGCUCAAUUAUCAAAAUGAAUUGUCUAUGCAGAUGGCAAAACAGGACAUUUUAUCUAGGUUCAGAAAUUAAGGAGAAUCUGUCUUGAUUUCAGUGAUGAAAUUCAAUUUUUUUAAUUACCGGUUCUGUAGACGUGAUUUGGUGGGCGAGGUAGGGGAAGGAUACUGCAAAAUCCCCAUUUCCUCCCCACUCGGGGGCCAGCCAGAGGUGGUAUUUGCCGGUUCUCCGAACUACUCAAAAUUUCCACUACCGGUUCUCCAGAACCUGCUGAAUUUCACUCCUGCUUGAUUUCUAUUUCAAUGGGGAACCUCCACGGAAUAGCAAGACUGUAGACUAAACUAGGAAGUCAAGAAAAGAUCGCGAAGACAAAGGUGAACCACUUCUCUGUUGCUGUCAAGAAAACGACAUAAAUGUAUCCAUGAAAUCAGAAGUCAAGUCGGGCUCGAAAAAGACGUAACCUUGAAGAAAAUUGAUUGCAGCAAGAAAUGCUGACAAUUUCCCUCUCAAAAUAAGCAUUUUUUGGAAACCUUGUAUAGCAAAAACAAGCAAAUCAUUUAGUAGGAAUAGUCAGGUUUGUCUCUAAAAUAUUCUACUUGUUACAAGGAUCACUCAUUAAAACUGAUAUGUUGAUGAUUAACUAUAUUCAAUCCCAAUAUAUUUUGAUUCUUCAGAAGAGUGUUAAAGAAGUUUUCUAAUGCUUUGAUCUAUAUAUUUAUAUUUCCACCUUAAAGACUAUGAUUUUGGAGACUAUGUUCUCUUUUGACUGGCAUCAUUCUAAUGACAAUGCCUUCUUCUCCUCAGUCAUUUGUGCAAAGAGUAUGAAGGCUUGUAGAAGAGUAAUCACACUGGUUUGCAUCUCAGUAAGAGCUGUAAAGUCUUUAUUUUCCCAAUGAAGCUUUCUUCCAAAACCAUUUACAUAAAAUGAGUGAAUGCUUUAGGCAGCCAGAGUCAUUGGAAUGACAUCAGCCAACUCCUCCAGUUUAAAUAACGCCUGAACAGUGUUAGAAGUCAGUAUUAAUAUCAUUUUCCUUUGUGUAAUAACAAUAUACUAGAGCAGGGGUGUCGAACUCGAGGUCCGUGGGCUAAAUGUGGCCUGCAAUCGGUAGUGAAAUUCAAAUUGUUUUACUGCUGGUUCUGUGGGUGUGGCUUGGUGGGCAUGGCAGGAGAAGGAUA